AUGAACGGUGAUUAUGGUGGGCGCCAAAACACCCCCUGGCGACCCUCCCGCCGGACCCCGGCGCAUCAGGGGUCCGUCCAACAUGUCUUCUGGAGGACCAAAGCUGAAAAGCAGCCAUCCAUGCCGAAACUCGGCUGUGGACGGGCUGCCAAGCACGACGCGCGCCGCGGCUCAAACCUGGUCAACGACCCCAAGAAACGCGCAUUGGGGACACCCGCGACCGCUUCGAGACCCUCUCAGACACCCCUCGAGACCGACAUAUCGCCCCUCGACGCGUCGAAAUGGCCCGGAUCCAGAGGCCCCGUUCGCCCCGAAAUCGUGCUCGUCUCUCGAGAUCGAGAGCGGCGCGUCGAAGAUCGCCCGCCGGCGCGGCGCGGGCUCGAAGGCCGCCGGGGCGCCCGGCGGACCGAGCCGCCGAACGCGGCCGUCAAAGUCGGGCGCUGCCCAUCGGAUCGGCUUCCCAUGCAUGUAAGUAAACGUCAUACUCAUUUCCUCAUGGCUGAUGGGAACUUCACGGCUGAAUCUGCGGCUCAGGUGCGUCAUCUUUUUCUUCAUCGCAGAGAACGUUACACAGCAUCAAGCCGAGCUGAACGACUACCUUCAGUCAAAGUCAAUAAAUCAGCUUUUUAUCCAGAUCGGUACUUCGAACAAAUAUCAUGCGCGCGGGUAGAGUCAGGCAUUGUAGUUGAAUCAUUACUAAUCGAAAAGCCGGAAAAUCCCAUUGGUUUCAUCGUCGAGUUUCUUCAGAAGAAGUAUCCCGAUCAGGCAGGAGUGGCCUCGGUCUCGGGGCUGUCACAAGCCGCGAGGGACAUCGGAAAUCUCAAUUCAGGCGAAGCAAACGAGAAAAUUUCCGGAGACGAUGAUGAUGACGACGAGGAAGGGGAGGAGGAGGAAGAGGAGGCUUACAUGGAUGAGAUGCCGGAGAAUACAAUUUUUAAAAGGGACAAGAAGCGUGUGUCGAUUUGUGCUGAGGUUAUCCAGGAAAAUCACGACGAUGUGAAGGAGUUUGAUAAGACGCUUGAUGAACGAAUCCGCAUCCUUGAAAUUCUGGAGCAGCAAGUACUAUUCCGCUACCUUGAGAAAGAACAGAAGGAGUUCAUAGCGCGGGCGAUGUUUGUCGUCGAGUACAAAGCUGGUGACACGAUUAUCUCGCAGGGCGAUGAUGGUGACAACUUCUACGUUAUCGAUCGUGGCAACGUUGAGUGUUUCAAGUGCGAGAGUGGCGUAGAUGACGAGAAGCUCGUCCACACAUACAGCCCCGGCGGCGCAUUCGGAGAACUCGCGAUCAUGUAUAAUGCGCCGAGGGCAGCAACGUGUCGAGCAAUUUCAGAAUGUCGGCUCUUUGCUCUUGAUCGGAAAGUUGGCGACUAUUUUGGUGAAAUUGCGCUACUUACGAGCAAGCCUCGCCAGGCAACCGUGGUUGCUGCUGAAAGUGGUGGCACAUUGACGUUGUUGUCGUUGGAUCGCAGUACGUUCAAUCGUAUCCUUGGUUCGAUCGAGGAUAUUCUUCGCCGUAACAUGGUUGCCUACAACAAAUUUCGGAGUGCCCAAAUAUAAAAAAGUCAUGGUC